GUGAUUGGGUACCGUUGGCGUGACGUAAUUUACCGGCGUCGGCGUCUCAGCUGUGGGAAGCGUGUGACCUUCUUCGUUCAUUCUAAACUACAGCGGACUAAAGUCGAGUCGUUUUAAGUUGAGCCACGUAAUACAAUCGGUUAAACAAUACAAGAAAUCUGUUUGAAAGAAAGACAUGGGUGACGUCGCGAAGGGAAAGAAAGUGUUUGUCCAGAAGUGCGCACAGUGUCACACGGUGGAAAAAGAUGGAAAGCACAAGGUCGGCCCGAACCUCUGGGGGCUCUUCGGGCGCAAAACGGGCCAGGCUGCGGGCUAUUCGUACACGGACGCCAACAAGAGUAAAGGCAUCGUCUGGGGAGAGGACACGCUAAACAAGUAUCUGGAAAACCCCAAGAAGUACAUUCCAGGAACGAAGAUGAUCUUCGCUGGCAUCAAGAAGAAGGGAGAACGGGCCGAUCUAGUUGCAUAUCUGAAGUCUGCUACCUCUUAGGAAACACUUUUGUCUUAAGUUAUCUGUACAUUUCAUGUUUACUUAAUCUUUCAGCAAGACACAUCCAACGGUUUUUAUCUUUCAGGAAAGACCCUUUGCAGCUAUUCUUGCUGUUUUGCUUUAUGCCUGUUGCCAAGGUGAGAGUGAGUGCCAUUUCAAUUUAAACUAAUAAUGCAAUCCCUGGCAGGAGACUAGUGUGCAUCUUUGAACAUUUAUCAAAGUGGCUUUUCCAGGUCCAGCAAUGUCUCUUGAAAGAGACUGUAUCUCCUGGUUUCACAGGUGCGAUGCAACUUAAAUUAUUCACUGCACAAGCAGCUGUGUUGUAGAAGGCACAGUGUGAUUGGCAGUAGCUGUAAAUAUAAGCUGUGAUGUAUCUGAAGGAGUGUCACCAAAUGGUAGACAUUUUGUGAUGAAGUUGAUUUGCUUCUCUUUUGUUAAGUGUUUAGUUUGUGGUUGCACAUUACCGUCUAUUUGGAAUGGCAAGGAAGAGGUCACAAUGCCAUUUUUAGUAAAGCCGUUGGUUUAUAUGUCUGAAUUCAACUGGACUCUUAUUUAACUUGUACUGAAACUUUUCAACCAUGAUGUUUCUUUUAAACCGAUCCACUGUCUUAAGUUGGCUACUGUCUGUGGCCAAUCACCAAGUAUUCUGCCUUUCACAGCUGUCAAAUUAUCUUUCUGGACUUGAUUUUCUGAUAUACUUGCAUGAAAAAUACAUUUGUAUUUAUUGCCAUGCAUUAAAUUACUGGUUUGAAAUCUUGAA